AUGGAGUAUUCGACACAAUAUCAACAACCUCAUAGUCAACACCCACACGCUUCUUCACACAUGUCUGGCCCUUACCAAACCCCACAAAAUACAGGCGCGCCUGUUGGGCAGAUCACGUCGCCAACGAAUCCUCAGACGCAAAUUCACCACGGCCAUUCGAAUCAUCAAGCAUCGCCGAUUCUCCCAUCGCAAUCGCAUUACCAAGCCUCGCAACCUCCUCCCGGCCAAGUCCAACAACCGAUGAAUUUCCCGCAACCUUAUGCCGCCAUGGCACCUUCGUAUGGCAUUUCUCCUACACAGGCAGCAGCAAUGGCCACUGCCGCAGCGUCAGGUCAAUUUUUCCCUUUGCAUCAAGAUUCGAUGGGCGGAAUGGGGCAAGGCGCGCGCGGAUCGCCGCGAAUGUCACAAGUCAACAAGGAUCGGAAUCCAAGGUCACCAACCCAGGUUUCCGGUCCGAUUUCCUCCCUCCCUACUCAAGUACCCAUGGCCCAAAAUGCUUCCAUUCAGCAACAGCGAAGAAUGAGCCAGCAAAUGAACAGUCCUCAUGUUCCAAAUGCGCAGCCAGUUAUGAACCACGCCAUGCCUCGGCCGUCUGGUCAACCAUCGAUGCCACCACCUGCCCAUCAGCCCGUCCAGCAAAGCCAGCCGUCGCCUGAAAUGGUCACGACUACGGCGGAAGAAUCGCCGUUAUAUGUUAAUGCGAAGCAGUUCCAUCGCAUUUUGAAACGGCGCGUUGCACGCCAGAAGUUAGAAGAGCAGUUGAGAUUGACAUCAAAGGGACGCAAACCUUAUUUGCAUGAAUCUAGACACAAUCACGCGAUGCGCCGGCCUCGCGGUCCCGGUGGGAGGUUCCUCACCGCUGACGAAGUGGCAGCCAUGGAGAAGCAACAAGCUGCUAAUGCGACUGGCGUGGAAAAUAUUCCAAACCAUGCAGUCUCCAAAGACCAUGGCUCUGGGCCUACGGGCGUCCCGUCGGGUGCGGCUCCCGGACAGAAGCGAAAAGCUAGCGGAGCCCUGAAUAAUAACUCAAAAAAAGCGAAAGGCGGCCUUUCUCAGCAAUCGAGGAUUCCAAUGGCAGAAGCCGGCCUCGGUAACGAUGUCGGGGCAGACGGCUGA